UAUCAUGUCCCUGUCGUGGCAGCCCGAGAACGCGACCGGAGCACUUUUCACGCACAGCGAUUGUAACGAGCCCGAAGCGAAUGCGUUAAAGAGCCGCGGCGGCACUGCGCGAGGCAUUCGUUCGCUUGGCACGCGGCGCGCUGCAGAGUUGUUCGCUUAGAUCUCCUCGCGGCGUGUUGUCAGGCUUUCACGCUUGCACUGGAUACGGGGACAGGCUCGAGAUUCUCACCAACGCCUGCCUUCUCAGACUCUCGUCCUCGCUAAGAACAACCGAAGAUUUAAACGCAUGCAUUUCUUCUGCGGUUCACGGUACACGAGUCGUUUUCCGAGAAUCUGAGUCUGUGUGAGGGGAGCUGAGGUUGCCAGUCACGCCGUGGGGCCCGUGUCUCUUCUUCACUACGCUGCGGCUCUUUCCCAAACAUCUAUUUCACAUCCAAGGGAGGAGGCCCAGAGACCCGGCGGGGCCAGGCCCGAGGAAGCUGUGACGCCGAACCACCUCUCAGCAGGAUUCCGGCCUUGUCACGGUCGGAACGCGUGCUGGGAUUGGUCAGCUCCAUAGAGCCCUGGGAUCCCCAUGUGACUCAUCCACGCGAAUGACAAGCAUUCAUCCACGGGUGGGGCCUGCCUCAGUCUCACAUGAUUGGCUGCUGGAUGGAAUUAAGGUGAAUGGAACACAUGCCCAAGGAGCAGGACCCUAACCUGUCAGAGGGAGACGAGAAACGGUGGCUCGAUGGCCCGAAAAGGAAGAGGAAGAACAGUCAGUGUUCGGUGAAGAGCAUGUCUGGGUACAUCCCCAGUUAUCUAGAGAAGGAUGAGCCAUGUGUGGUGUGUGGAGACAAGGCCACAGGCUACCACUACCGCUGCAUCACCUGUGAGGGUUGCAAGGGUUUUUUCCGGCGCACCAUUCAGAAGAACCUGCACCCCUCCUACUCGUGCAAAUACGAUGGCUGUUGCAUCAUCGACAAGAUCACCCGCAACCAGUGCCAGCUGUGCCGCUUCAGGAAGUGCAUCGCCGUGGGCAUGGCCAUGGACCUGGUAUUGGAUGAGGCUAAGCGGGUUGCGAAGCGCCGUCUGAUCGAGGAGAACCGAGAGAGGAGGAGGAAGGAGGAGAUGGUGAAGACGCUGCAGAACCGGCCCGAGCCCACGGGCUCUGAGUGGGAGCUCAUCCACAUGGUGACGGAGGCGCAUCGCCACACCAACGCACAGGGCUCCCACUGGAAACAGAAGCGCAAGUUUUUGCCCGAGGACAUCGGCCAGUCGCCGGUGGCUCCCACGUCGGAUGGGGACAAAGUGGACCUGGAGGCCUUCAGCGAGUUCACCAAGAUCAUCACGCCUGCCAUCACACGUGUUGUUGACUUUGCCAAAAAACUGCCCAUGUUUUCCGAGCUGCCUUGCGAGGAUCAGAUCAUCUUGCUGAAAGGUUGCUGUAUGGAGAUCAUGUCUUUGCGUGCCGCUGUACGCUACGACCCUGAGAGUGAGACUCUGACCCUGAGCGGUGAGAUGGCGGUCAAACGUGAGCAGCUGAAGAACGGAGGCCUGGGAGUGGUGUCAGACGCCAUCUUCGACCUGGGCAAGAGCUUGGCUCAGUUCAACCUGGACGACACAGAGGUGGCCCUGUUGCAGGCCGUGUUGCUUAUGAGCUCAGACCGCUCAGGUCUGACGUGCAUGGAGAAGAUCGAGAAAUGCCAGGAGACGUACCUGCUGGCGUUCGAACACUACAUCAACUACCGCAAGCACAACAUUCCCCACUUCUGGCCCAAGCUGCUGAUGAAGGUGACGGACCUGCGCAUGAUCGGCGCCUGCCACGCCAGCCGCUUCCUGCACAUGAAGGUGGAGUGUCCCACCGAGCUCUUCCCCCCGCUCUUCCUGGAGGUCUUCGAGGACCAGGACGUGUGACGGGGAGAGCGUGUCAGGAGCUCGCGUUUUCACCCCUACCCGUACCGCCGCAACCCCCCCAAACGAACCAGCCUGCACCCCACCCAAGCCCGACGCACCAACCCUCUCCGCGUUGAACUCACCAGCAGCAGGGGCAAUGGC